AGCAACUUUUCAAACAGUUUGUACAGUGGUUCUCCAUAUCUUCCAUGGCGAGGAGUGCUUGCCUGUUUCAGGUUGGAGGCCAUUCCUAUCAGGUUGGAGGCCAUCACUCUUGGGAUGGAGGUGUCUCUUUCCUGCUUUCUCAGUUGGGCUUUGCGUGAUGAGACAAGGUUUUCGCUGGAAUUGAAUGCCGAGGAGGUCGAGGGCCCUUGCGCAAGCUUUGUGAUGUCCAAACUGAAGGAGAUCGCAGGCGUUGAGGAUCCCGGUGCGCGCAUUGGAGCAGUUCUAGCAGAUCAGGCCUUUUUGGAGGGUUGCUGCGACCGCACAGAGUAUGAUGACUUCAUUGCUGCAGAAGCUGCUCCUGUCGAUGGGCUUCCUCUAUUUACGGAGCACACGGCCCUGGUAAUUGUUGACAUGCAGAGGGAUUUCACAGAAGGCUCCUUUGCACAGCCCUGCUGGGCGAAGACCGGUGCCCGCUUUUUGAGCAAGAUGUUGGAGACCAUCGAAGAAGCCAAGGCUGCUGGGUCCUUGAUCAUUGCGACCAAAGACUUCCAUCCCUUCAACCAUUGCAGUUUUGCUGGCGAGUCAAGCUGUAUGAACAAGAAGGACUUGAAGGAGGAGAGCGCUUUGUCAAGGUAUGUCAAUGAAUUUCCGAGCCAUUGCAGCUUCUCAAUGAAGGGACGCUAUGCCAUGCCUCAAAAAGCCUCGGGCACUCCCUUUUGUCAGGGCAUGGAGGAGCUAGGAGUCAAGAUGCCUUUCUGCCGGGACGACUUUGUUGGUGCAGAUUUGGAGCCUCGAAUUCUCCAAGCUUUGGCAAAGUGUGAAGCCAAGCAGGUGGAGGUGGUCUACAAGGGAUUCAAUCCGACCUAUGACUCAUUCAGUGCAAUGCAUCAUGCUGCAAGCAGCGAUGAGCACGAGCGAAACAACACUGGCGCAUUUGCUUUGGAAGAGAACAGAAGUCGGGCGUGCCACGGCAAGUGGGAGGUCAAUGCAACCUGCUACCCGACUGUGGAGCAACUUAAGACAACAGAUGGUCUACGCAACUUCUCGUCAAUUUUGAUGACAAGGGGAAUUAAGAAGAUCGUCACAGUGGGCUUGGUCUACGAUUAUUGUGUGAAGGAGACAGCAAUCUUCACACGAGAGAACAUGCCGGAGAUGGAGGUCAUUGUACUGAGCCACCUUACCCGACCAAGUUUUGAUGGAAAGCCUGGGGCUCCUUACACCGCUGCUUUGUGUGAUGGCCGCGACUUGGGCAACGGCUUUUGUUCCGAAGGUGGAGGCACCAAAGCCGCGCACCAGAAAGUCCUCGCCGAUUACAAGUCCAAUGAUGUUGCCUUUGUCCGUGAGAAGCAAAAUCAAUAUGUAGAAGACGAUUCAAAGCAAUCUCAGGAAGACGAGUAGUGGAAAAGGUGGUUGAGCCAAGCAUAAGAAAUCUUGGCAAAGCAAUCAUGCAAGGUUGUUUAGAGUUUCAUACACCCAUGAACUUCCUGUAGUGUAAUUCCUAAGAAUAAGUUCCUUUGAUGCUGUGACUGCAUUCGUGUGAAUCGGUUUCAUGCUAGUUGCGCUUGAAUCAGUUCGAAUGGACACAGCUUGGAAGACCCUGUCCAAAAUACUUUCAGC